CUGGGGCGUAAAAAGAAUAGGGGAGUCCCAGGCCCAAGGGUGUCGUAAGAUGCUACUAAGGACUUUUUAGAAGUGGGAGAGUCACACUGCCGUCUUAUGACGUCAGCACAAUCGGGCCAGACUCGUCCGGGUUAAUUACCACACUCGCACAGAAUACCAGCGUGAAGUAGCGGCCUAGUGCCGCUAUGUUUCGCAUAGGUUAGUGUCGAGGACCUGAGGCCAUCCCCCUCCCCCCUCCACCAGAAUAUGAAAGCGGUGCAAAAAGAGAUAUAACCUACCAGAGCCGGAGAAUCCCUCCCCGAGCAUUCUCGCUCGGACUGCCCGUCGUAUUCUGGGGAGGGCACAGAACCGCACAUGUCCGAGGACAAACGAGGCAAUCCACGGCACCCCCUCCACGCUUAAUGUGGACUUUUACAACAUCAGGGGGAUCCACAACAAUUUAAAUGCCGUCUACCACCUAGAGACGGCGCAGACGGCCUUGUGUUUCUUUACGGAGACUCAGAUAUCUCGACCUAGCGAUACGUCAUAUUUACCGUACCCCGGGUACAAAAUUGAGCAUAACCUCAUGCCUCAUACGCACAUACCCCGGGUAUGUGUGUACGUUAGGGAGGAUAUCUGCUGUCGCCGUCUCGGCAAUUGUUAGGGUAGGGACUUGUAUCUAUAUCUAUCUUCUUGAAUGAUUGAUUAGAUCUUCUUCAUUGCGUGGUCAGUAUGAAGUGCCAUUGGGAUUGGAUGACGGUGAAGAGUAGGUAUUUAAAUAUAUUUGUAUAUAUAUAUAUUUGUAGGAAAAUCAGUUUUCUACAGCCUGUGUUACUCGCUGAUAAUGUAGCUUCUAAAAUCAGCGAGUAACACACUGAAAUUCCUACGAUUAUAUGUAUAUCUUGAGAACCCCUGACUUAUUUAUUCUACCAGUAAACCAAAGUCAUCGCCCUGAGCUCGCUCUAAUGGCGUAGAGCUGGCGUCAGCUGAGCGGCGGAUCAAACGAAUAAGGCGGGCCAUCUCGCCUCGCACCGUAUUCCGCUGUCCUCUAACCGAUGCCGCCAAUUAUUGCGUCACAAAUUACACUCAGUUACGCGGCAGCUCGUGUCUGAAUCGAAUGUGCACAUUUUGCUCUCGCCGUCAAAUGCGUGAUUUUUACUGUUAUAGUGUUAGUUAGUCAUAGUUUGUUAGUUUUUUGCGUCAUGUACUCGAAUGAAGAGAAUUUUUCAUGCUCAUGUGUCUACGGCGCAACAAUUGUAACUUCGCCGCAUCUCGUAGGGAUUACGAUUUACGAAGAAAGUUGAUUAUGCACUUGACACUGUUUGUCGCCGCCCGCGCGCCCCUCGCAGAUAGCGUGAAUGAAAUGGGAAAAUGGCCACAGGCAGAGGUGAAGAGGAUUACGAAAACUUGCAGAGAGAAGACUUAGAGAGUGAACUACUCAAGUGGAAAAUAGACAAUUAUGAUGAAUUGAUCCGUGAUGUUGAGAUGUUGUUCAAAUAAGGGAGUGGUCCCUUGUGGCCAAAGUUCAAAUAAAUUUUGUUUUAUGUAUUUAACGUGGGCAGAUAUAACCUAUAAACUUAUGGAGCACCUUAUGUAGAACGUUCUAACAGCCGCUUUAACUACAAAUAAGAAAACAAAUAUAGUGAAAUCGAAAAUGGCCGAUUUAUUGCGAAUUAUAAAUAUUUCCUUUACAAAAGCUUUAUCCAGUAGUAAGUACCUAUUAAAUGAUUAUAGGUAACUUUUACGAUGGUACGGAGUCCCAUCCCUACGCGACCGACUCUAGGGGUGACCAAUAGGUCAUCCGUAAAUGACGGGUGGUGAUGGUGGCUGCACAGUGACUUGUUGUUCUUCAAAAUGCGUAUUUUAAAUGUAAAUAAGUUUAAUGCUCGAUUGUUUCUAUUGAAAAACAUUUCUCGUAAUUAUUUUUAUGUAAGACUAUACAUUGAGUCACCUGUUUUUUGCUAUAGCCUAUACCUAGCUAGGUUCUUAAAUUUUAAGUAUUUAAAAUCUUAAAUUAUUUUAUAAGGAAGUUUGGGUGAGAUUCGGCUUUUAGAGGUUCUUGACAUUUUUUAAAUAUUUGUUUUACUACUCAAAUAUGACCUAUGGUCUCGAAGAUGUAGGUACUUACACAUUUCAAAAGACACAGAAUCUCACCAUGGGUAGAGGGAGGGUCGAAAAAUUGCCAAAAUCACCUCACGUAAUUUAUGGAUCCCCUCUAAAAUCAGUGAUAAUUCUAGGAUAUUACGAUAUGUUAAUAAAAAUUAUAUCUAUCAGUUUGUAUUAUUUGCACAUUACUCAUGCACAAAACUAUCAUAUCGAUACACUAAGCGUGACCUAUAAAAUAAGUUAUAAACUAUAACGACAAUAAAACAGAUAAAUAGAUAUCUAAUUGUAACAGUAGGUACCUGCAUGUCGUUAACAGUCUUUGUUGUUCCAAUGCUAAAUAUCUAUCGAUAAAUAACUUAUCGAACGCUUAUCUUUGUAAAAAGACACAAAGUGAGUCAGCCUCAUUUGUUUACAGUUUCCUGAGCUUCUACCACUAACAGUCAUAUUCAUAACAUUACUCAUUGUCGCACUCUGAUUGACCUCCGACCGGCAUACGAUUACGUUUGUUAAUCAGUUCAGUUUAUCGAUAGCUUCAUGCGCGCGCGUAUCUCGCCAGUCAUGAAGCUGUAUGUUUUGUUGUUUAUGGUGUUCCUCGUCAUACAGUGCAGUGAUGCGCGGUACACGGACUGGUUUCCGCAGAAUUUGGUAAAUGUAUUCACGAAUAAGACAUCCAAGAUAACAGAGUACGUGCGUUCUAAAGGUCGGAGUUUGAAACAGUUUUACGUCGAUAAUGUGAAGAGUAAACUCACUUCCUAUCUUGGGACAGACGAUGUGGAAGUCACAAAGGAUGAGAGGUUCGAAAGGCGAUUUAGGAGUUAUAUAGAUGAUGCAAAAGCCACAGAUAAAAAGCUUUUCGAUGUGAUCGCUCCAGAAACGAUGAACUACGAAUGUAACGACGAGGACCCAAGCUUGCGCAUGACGACGCCUCAACUUAUCGCAUUCCAUGGAUAUGCUGCGGAAUCUCAUGCCAUUGUAACCGCUGAUGGUUAUAUUCUCACGGUACACCGAAUACCUUAUUUUAAAAACUCAACAUCUAAAGUGAGCCCUCGCAAAACAGUUCUCCUGCAUCACGGACUAUUAGGAAGUUCAACCGAUUGGAUCAUGGCCGGGCCGGACAAAGGGCUGGCGUACAUGCUGUCGGAGUACGGAUACGACGUGUGGCUCGCGAACGUCCGAGGCAACACAUACUCCAGAGCGCACGUAUCUUUGAGCGUUGACUCGUCCGCGUUCUGGAACUUUACGUUUCAUGAGGUCAGCCAGUACGACCUGCCCGCUGUUAUUGAUUACAUUAUGGAUAAGAAAGGCUGGGACUCUAAGAUCGACUACAUCGGACACUCGAUGGGAACAACGGUGCUAUUCGCUUUGUUAUCGACAAAGACUCAUUAUAACAAAGUACUGAGAGCGGGCUUCGCCCUCGCCCCCGUCGCUUACAUGACUGAAAUCAGGAGCCCUAUAAGACUGCUGGCCUCGUACAGUAAUAAUCUGGCAUAUCUUUUAAAACUACUCGGUGCAAAUGAGUUUUUACCUCACAAUGCCGUUCUGAGAUGGCUUUCAAAACAUGCCUGUGAAAUAAACAAGAUCGAGGAAGCAAUCUGUGAGAACUCGAUGUUCGUCAUAUGCGGCCAUGACGCGGGACAGUUCAAUAAAACUUUGUUGCCGAUCAUUCUGAGCCACACGCCGGCCGGCGCGUCGACUAAGACGCUGGUGCACUACGCGCAGGAAAUACGAGCUGCUGGAAAGUUUCAGCAAUUUGAUUACGGCCCUGAGGGAAACCUAUUAGAGUACGGGUCUGUCGAAGCUCCCGAAUAUCAAGUUCAUAAAAUAACAUUGCCGAUAGCUCUCAUCAGCGCUGAGAAUGAUUGGCUCGCGAGCGACGUCGACGUCACGAAUCUUUAUGUUCAAUUAGCGAACCCUAUUGAACACUACAUAGUGCCGCUGAAACAGUUCAACCACGCAGACUUUCUGUGGGCUAUCGAUGCGCCAAAACUUGUGUAUUAUAAGUUGCUGCAACUGUUGGCGGAAGGUGUCACCUACUCGUCUAGAAACAAACAUGCACAGGAGUUCACAUAGCUAGGAAAUUAUAUUUAUCUUAACUAACUCGUACAAAAGUAUUUUAAAAUUUAUUUUUUGUUGUGAAUGUCUGAAUUUAAUAUAUUGCCCUUAAUUAUUAUUAAUGUAAUAAAUACUCAUCUAUUUUUAUUUACAAAAUUUUGAUAUAUAAAAUUUUAAUUUUAGGUACAUAGUAGUUUUGUUUGUUAUAAAGCUGAAUAAUUUCAAAUAUUUGUCUCUUUAUGUAGCAAUAAAUAUAUUAUUGAAAUACAA